CUCCUGGACCAGCAGGAUGGGGUCAGCUUGUAUCAAAGUCACCAAGUACUUCCUCUUCCUCUUCAACUUGCUCUUCUUUAUCCUGGGUGCAGUGAUCCUGGGCUUCGGGGUGUGGAUCCUGGUCGACAAGAACAGUUUCAUCUCUGUCCUACAGACCUCCUCCAACUCGCUCAGGAUAGGGGCCUAUGUCUUCAUCAGCGUGGGGUCGGUCACCAUGCUCAUGGGCUUCCUGGGCUGCAUCGGAGCUGUCAAUGAGGUCCGCUGCUUGCUUGGGCUGUACUUUGCCUUCCUCCUCCUCAUCCUCAUUGCCCAGGUGGCUGCUGGGACCUUCUUCUACUUCAAAAUGGACGAGCUGAAGCAGGAGAUGGGCGGCAUUGUCACCAAGAUCAUCCGGGACUACAAGGGCAGCGGUGAUGGUGACCGACUGGAGGAGACCUGGGACUACGUGCAGGCACAGGUGAAGUGCUGCGGCUGGGUCAGCUUCUACAACUGGACGGAGAACCAGGAGCUCAUGAGUUAUGGCAAUACCACCUACCCCUGUUCCUGCAAGGACGAGGGGGACCAGAACGAUGGCCCUGUGAAGACAGGCUUUUGUCAGGCACCCAACAACAGCACCCAGAGUGGCAACAACCCUGAGAACUGGCCCGUGUACCGGGAGGGCUGCAUGGAGAAGACGCAGGCGUGGCUGCAGGAGAACCUGGGCAUCAUCUUGGGCGCAUGUGUGGGCGUCGCCAUCAUUGAGUUCCUGGGCAUGUUCCUGUCCAUCUGCUUGUGCCGGCACAUCCAGUCCGAAGACUACAGCAAGGUCCCCAAGUACUGA